UUAUGCAUAUAGUUUCUAUAAAAAUGCACUUUUAAAGGGUAUUAUAGCCUUGGUGCAGACGAAGUUAACGUUUUUACUCGUGAAAUUUACCUAACGGUUUUGUAACACCUAAUACUAAUCAAGAUAGAUAUAUUUAAAUAUCUAUUUGUUUUUAUAAAAUUGACAAAAUCGACAUAGAAAUUGGAAAAUUAAAUUGGUGCAUAACAGUAUCUUAGAAUUCUCAUGCUAAGGCUUGCAAAUGAUCGGCAUUGGCACCUCUCAUCUAAAAACGAACGAGUACGAAUUAUAACUUUUCAACGACGUCACAUACCGAACAUGAAGAAACAGUGCUUAUAGCUGACUUUAUACAGAUGGAAGACAAUAAGGAGGAAAAUCGAAAUUUUAAUCCAACAUACGAGUAGUCUUCUGUGAGGAUGUUAAUGACACUUUUUUGCGGGAAAAUAUAAUUGUUACCACAGGGUAGUUUUUAAGAAAAUGUGUAAUGACUCUCUUGGGAAAUUCCACUGCAAAAAUUUUCUAACUUGUCUCUCAUGCCUACGAAUUGUGUUUUCGAAAUGUCAUAUUUAUCUCUAGAAUGAUUGAUUGUAGUAACGGUAUUGAGUGACUCAUAAAGUGGGAAUUGUAACGGAAAGGUAUAUAAAUUCUCAUGAUUGGUGAAUAGCUCUCAAAAGUAGUAAGUACAUCAAAAAACACUGUCUUAGGAAUGAAGCUUUAUCUGUUAUCAAUUUUUGCCAUAAUGGCCGUGUUGGUCCUACUAGUCGUUCCACCGCCGGCAAAUGCGCAAGGAGAAGGGGAGAGCGCAAGCGAGGAGCCACCACAACAACCCGAACCCCCAAGUCCUCCAUCUGCUAGACCAGGACCAUUUAGACCUGGACUCUUCAGACCCUUCCUUAGACCUUUCCGUUCUAACCCAUUUAAUUUAACUGGAAAUUGUACUGGCCGACCCUUCCGACCAUUCUCUGUCCCAUUCUUUGACCCAUUCAGCAUAAUUGGAAAUUUUACUGGUCGUCGCUUGCCAUCAUUUUUUCCUCCACGCAAUUUGACAAGACGCCCCAUCUUUAAAUCUAUUCCAACCGAAAUUGUUGAAGACGAAAAUGAAGCAAAAAUACAAAAAUCUGUUAGCUCCUUCUUCCCGAUUUCUUCUGUUGGCUCUGAUGACAAUGCUCGCCCACGUGUGCAAAAGGAAGGUGUCAAGGCGUCACUUGUAAGAGAGCCACGUGGUGUUUCCUUUUGAUUCUUAAGUCAACGCGAAACCAAAUUCUACUUUAUUUAACACUUUAUACCAAUUGUUUUGCUUUUCUUAUAAAAAUAUUACAAAUAUUAUUGUAAAUCAGAAAGAGAGCAAAUAACAUAAAAAUUACAAGCAUAAAUAUACAAUGUUCUUUAAGAAAUUUAAUUUAAAAAUUGAGUUU